AAGGCAAGUGUCAACAAUGUCAACUUUUUAUAUCAUGGCCGACGACUGGCCAAGUCACCGUUUUUGUGGUUUCUAAACGUACAUAAUCACACUUUCACCGUAGUCUAUAGAGCAUUCGAUUUAAUUUAGUUUAUACAACAUGGAGAACUUUUUCCCGAGCAUGUGGAAGGUCCGCGAGCUGGCCGAUAAGGUCACGAACGUGGUCAUGAAUUACACCGAAGUAGAAGCAAAGGUCCGCGAGGCCACCAAUGAGGAACCUUGGGGACCUACUGGGCAAAUAAUGCAGGAAUUGGCCCAUUCCACUUUCACAUACGAACAUUUUCCCGAAGUUAUGUCGAUGCUGUGGAAGAGAAUGCUUCAAGAUAAUAAACAGCAUUGGAGAAGAACCUACAAAUCGUUGCUGCUUUUGAAUUAUUUGAUUAAAAAUGGAUCAGAAAGAGUAGUCACGUCAGCCAGGGAACAUAUCUACGAUCUAAGAUCACUAGAAAAUUACACUUUUAUAGAUGACAUAGGAAAAGACCAGGGAGUAAAUAUUAGGCAUAAGGUUAAAGAACUGAUAGAAUUUGUUCAAGACGACGAUCGUCUAAGGGAAGAAAGGAAAAAAGCCAAGAAAAAUAAAGAUAAAUUCAUCGGCAUGAGCUCUGACACAUUUGGAACAAAAUUCGGAACAGGCCACGAAACGUGGGACGAUCGAAGUAGUUACGCCAGAGAGCCGAGAGAAGAGGAUUGGGACGAUACGUCGAAUUCCGCCAAUCGUUACACAGAUAAAUCGUUCGAGGAAGAAUUCGAGGUGGACACGAAGGACGAGAGCGAUAGCGAAGCGAGAAAUAACGCUCACAAUAACGGCAUUAAAAGAUUCCAGGACGUGGACAUCCCGUCUAGCCCUCGACAUGUAGAUAAUCGCGUUAAUAUCAACAUCAACACUUCUCUAAAUAACUCUCCGAAGAAGUUGAGUAAACCUUUGAAGAAAGUUGAUUUAGGUGCUGCAGCUAACUUUGGAAGGGACGCCAGUCAAAGUCCUUUACCGCCAAUAGGUAAUGAUCUCUUAAACGACGAUUUUAAUCCAAGAGCCGCGGAAGCGGAGAAAGUUCCCGCGAGACCAUCGCAGGAAUUCGGAGACUUCGAGACGGCCUUCUCGAACACAUCCGACCCCACUCACGACGUGAAAAUCGACAAUUUCGCCGAUUUCAGUUCGGCCUUCUCGUCGAUUCCCACCCGGGACGAGGCAUCACAAAACUCGAGCGUUCCCAACGCGAUUUCCCCGUCGAACGCUUCGCCUAAUCUGCUCCUAUCGAACGCACCGCCCAGCUUAUUCGGCGCUUUGGAAUCGGCCCCGGCGUCUCGGAACAGCGACUUGCUCAGCGACUUGGAUUUCGGAUCUCUGAGCGUGCAGUCGCCGCUUCCGCCCAACAAUAACUUCGGAUUUAUGGGCAGCUCGAACGACGAUUUGAUCAGUACAGAUACCGAACGAGGCGGCUCGAAUAAAAUCAGUGCGAGAUGUGUGUUGGCGAGGAGAUUGAGGGAUUUUGUUGGGAGUGGUGAGAAAGCGGGGAGGAUAACGACUGAGAAUCAAUUGGAGGAUGUUUUGUUGCGUAUCGAACGUAUCGUGGAAUUGCUGCCGGGGCCUUUGACUGUACAGAAAGUGUUUGACGUGGACGAUGAUUGUUUAAGCGAGAAUUUGGAUGGUGUUUAUCGAAGAUUUUUGGAAUGUUUGUUGGCUUAUUUCGAUGAUAAUUUUCCUGUUAGAGACGACAAGGUGUUUGGGUGCGUCAGAGAUUUGCUAUGUGCAGAGGAUCGCCGAGUUUUUUACAUAACUUUCGUAACAUUUGUUAACGCUUUAUCAGCGAAUUCCGAUUGGAAAAUGGCGGAGUUGUUACAGAUGAUUUUGGAAUCCGACGGAUUGUUUUCCUUUUUGAUACACCAUUCUCUGCGCGAAGAUGAUUUCAAGCGAGACGAAGAUACUUGGAGUAAUUUCGUUACCAUUUUGGUGACUCUACCGAACAGGAUUUCUAACGUUUUGGAGGGAAACGUGCCGAAUUUUUUCCAAUUAUCUCGCUACCCGAACUUUUUACUGAUGCAAUUUUUACGAACCGUUGAAUUUUUAUCGGAUAUGCUUCUGUACCAAAAGGAAGAGAAGUUUAUAAACUACAGUAAAUUAUCGUUGCUUCUCGGCAGGAUUAUAAGCGACUUUAACGAAAACACCAAAUCGCUUCCUAUCAAAUAUUUCAUCGAAAUAAUCGCUUUAUUAACCAACAAAAGUACUGAGAAAAUGAACAAUUACAGGCAAAUAAUCAGAAACGUGCUGUUGAAUUUGAAACGUUUCCCCAUCAACGUACUGGCUAAAAUGAUCCUGUUAACCAUCAAUCCUGAAAAAUACUUAAUCAAAAACCUCUUCGGAAAGGAAUUGCUUCAGAAUAAAAACUGGGAAUUCGCCUUGUGCACGAAACUACCGUUACUAACCAAUUUCGAGCGCGACUACAGGAAUUUAAUACUGAAUCUAACGUUGUAUUUGAGCUCGAACGCUCAAUCUCCGCUACUCAAACUGUUCGAUGAAUUACUAACGAUUUGGGGCGACAAAUCGGCGCUACGCCACACCAGCACGGAACAACAAUUAUUCACGGCCUCGUUUAUACUGUACUUGUUCAAUUCCAUGCAAAACAUUGGCCUGAGCGAUCACGAGACGGCGAGAAUACGAGAAAAAGCAUUCGCAGGCAUCACGGUGCAUUUGGAAUCGAACGUACCCGCAAUAAGAGUUUCCGGCAUGAAAGUAGGCGAGAUUAUUGUUAAUUAUCUCGCGAAAGACGACUCGGAAUCCGAACUGAAAUUCGAAUACGACGCUUUGAACGAGGAAUGUAAAAAUAUAGUGGGUAAUUUAGAGGAAAUCUGGCGUGAAGACUUGCAGGUUUACUUCAAAGAGAAGACUAGUUUCGAUUUAAUCGAAGAUGUGGUCGGUAAACUCGUUGGAAAAGAGGAGAAACGUUUGUAUAUCGCCCCCGAAAGGAAAUUCAGAAAGAAACCAGUCGAGGAAGAACCGAAAAACAAUCUAACUGUAUCGAAUUACAAGCGACAACCCGACGAACGCAUCAAAAUCAUCGACAGCACGGAUUUCCAAUUGGACUCCGACGACGAUUUGGAGCCCUACGAUACAUCUAACGAUAUUUCGUCGAGCAAAAAGGUACCGGCGUAUUUACGAGACCUCCGCGACGGCCUCGUCGACACCGAGGAUUACGAAUUGUUCGCGCAAAGCCUGCGGAACUGCGAGCGCCUCGUCGGCGCCCAACUGCCCGACGACGAUCCCGCCAUCGGCUUGGAGAUCCUCGAGAUUCUGCUGUCGCUCGAACCCAAAGUCUACGUGGAUGAUUUCGAGGAUUUGAUGUUCCGCAGCGCCGUGGCCGUGACGAGCGUAUACCCGAGCGUUUACGCCGAGCACUUGUGCAAGCAAAUCCACUCGGACAUCGGCACGUUCUCGAUAUCCCGGAGAGUUUUCAUGCUGAACGUGUUGAGACAAACGGCUAAAAAUCUCUCCGUAAUAGAAGAUAAAGUUGGCGAUGAGCAGCGGGCGGUUAAAAGCAAGAAACGUGAGGAGUUGAAGAGCGCCGAGGAGGUGAUAAGGAAGAGAUUGGAGAGCAAAACGCGGUAUUUCGGUAAAAAGUUUGGCGUGAAGCGCGAGCAGGCGAAUCGGUUCGCCGAAUGCGCCGGUUGCUUUUUCUUUCCGCUCAUCUACGGUUAUCCCAGGAACGAGAUGUUGAGCGGGCGCUCGCGAAUCGACGGCGAUUUCGUGUUGUUGAUACAUUUUAUCGAAACGCUGGGGACGGUGAUGUGCGCCGCGCAAAAUUGCCCGGUCGCCGCGAAAAUGGCCAAGGAGAUAUUCCAUUUCUCGUGGUUUCUGAGGUUCCACGAAGAGGUGAAGGUGCGCACGGCUGUGUUGAGUCUUAUAGCAUCUGCGGUUAUUAACGUGCCCAAAUUCGUGCUGUUGUCGGAGUUUAUGGAUCAGUUGUUCGAAAUACGAUUGUGGUUGUCGAACGUGUUGUCUCCUAACGGGGAGCCGAAUGUGGAGUGCAGAUCUCUGGCUGCUUGUGCUGUUGUUCUUAUCGAUAGCGUGCUUAAGCAGGAAACUGAUGUAGAUUUAAAUAAUUUGUAAGAUUGUAUUAUUAAAUGCGUUUUGUUGUAAUUUGUGUUGUUUCAUUGCUCAAAUAUUUG